AUGGAGACGCAGAAUGACAGCAUCGACAUUGUGAAGUUGCAACGCGUCGCGCUGGGACUAGACCUUGCGCCAUCUCAGCUCCUUCUAGACGACCUGGAAUCCAUUGAUAAUCACCAGCCGAGAUAUCCGUUGAACGAUUGUUGCGAAAAUAUAAACACAACGGAUGUUCCAGCGCCGUCCCCUGAUCACCAGGUCAUACAACCCUCCCCGCAGGAGCUUGUUCCUCGAAGCGAGGAUGAUCCUAUAAUUUCGAUAGAUGCGAAUCGGGAAUCUGAGUCGGGCAAUAUCAGACACGAUCCUCAGCCCGUUAGGCAUACAGCGAAGAUGAGUUCCGCAGAUGCCGUGCCGUCAGACACUCAGGUUGUUUCCCAAUCGGUUUUCGAUGAUAUGAUUAAACAGAAUAAAGAUGCUGCUAGAAAUAUUUUGGAAAGCAAUCUCGGCGAUCGAGCUACACUGGUGACAUUGCACGAGGGUGACAGCGGCCAUUUAGACUUGCUGUCAGGGUUUGAGAAUACAUGUCCGGACACUAUCAAUGCCGAAGACAACGAAGAUCAGAGCAGCUCCAGGCUGGGGGAAUCAUCGCCAUUGCACUUUCAACCGAAUCUUUUCCCCGAAUCUCAGCGGUUCUUGACAAGCACACCAGCGACAGCUUUGAAGACCGGCCGCACUCAAAACUCGAAUUCCGAAACCCCGUCCAUGUCCAAGAAUCCUCUUGCAACAGAUAUUCAAUCAAGCGGCGGAGUCAUGGCAUUGAGCCAGGUAUUCCGAGCAACUCAGGCUCCAUCCUCUCCGCUAGUCCAUGGCCAGCAUCCCGACCUCAUGUCAGAUAGACCUUCCCCAAAUAUUCCCAUUCAAAGCCAUCCGCUAGCUACAGCGCUGUCCUCCCCACUGAACAAUCUCGCUGCGACGUUUCCUCAAGAUCAUUGCGAGACACCGAUGGCCUAUAUUAGUAUGAAAGAGUCUCAAGCGAGAAGAGAUAGGAUACUACAGGAAAGGAUGACCCGUUCUGCGGAAUACAUACACUCCGAAGACCAGAGUGAUGGCGAGUUUGACAAGGAACCUAGCUUUGUGGAGCGUAUUAUACGUCAAAGGAACAUUGAUCAAGAAGCAACAGCGCAAUUUGCUGGCUUGGCAGCUCCACCCAGACCACUCAACAGACGACAAACGGGCGACAGAAGCUUACCAUUACCUGAAAAACCACAGCAAGAGAGGCAGAUUGAGGUGCCGAGAAGCCCUGUUUCUGCAGACGAGGCUCAUAAACUAGAAGCUGGCCUUCAAACGAGUCCAAUUAGUGAAGCAGAGACUGAGGGAGACGAGGAACCCGCACCAUCUAGGCUUCCUCCACAUACGCCUAAUUCGUCAACGGAAGAAGACAAGGAAAACCACGACAAUGUCUCCGGAGGUAGUCGUGCGGACACCGCCUCUGCGCACAAACGGCUCUCGCGGGCUCUCUCUUCACAAGACGGUUCAGCCUCUCCGAAGCGCUCGUCAGCGAAAGGGAUUGUUUGUCGUCCUGGUAGCCCUGAUUUGGCGGAUUUGGAUGGGACAAGAGAGUCAUCACAAAUCGUGAUAGUGAAGGACUCGCAGCAAUCCCCUCGACAUGAGGACAAUGAGGAUCAGAGUGACGAUGCCGUACAUGGCCGACGGAAUCACAGGCAUAUGUCGCAAGCCAGCGCGUAUAAUCCUGGCAAUCCUAGAAAGAGAUAUGUUUCUUUUCCAACAAAAUCCCCGCAGAUAUGUUCAUCUCCGCCUCCAUCAGACCAUGGGGAUGUCCAAAAGCUGCAUCGAGUUCAUCAUAAUCCGUCAGCUACUCGUAGUCGAUCAAAUUCGGCGAGCAGCCACGAAGCUUCCAGCCAGCUUCCAAGGAACCUUUCUUCUGCCCAAGAAGUCAUCAUCACGCAAUCCAGCAACUUCCUCGGUGAUAAGCCCACAGGAAUUGCGGAUAAAGAUGUGAAGUUCGAUACCCGAGACAAGCCAUCUUCAAUGCCCUCUCGUGUGGCCGAGACACCUGUCCCUCAGCAUUUAAAAGACUUUGGAGACGGGCUCCCCGCAACAAGUAUCCCAGAGACCAGUCCAAACAGAUUGCACAACCGGGACUGGGUAGAUGACACGGGCAAUGACCCUAUGGAUCAAGAUGAUGAUGAUUUGCCCCCUACUUAUGCGGCCAGCCAAGGGCGCGUCAGCCUCUCUCAGCCGCUUGUUCCUGAGAGUUCGACCCCAGUAAAGCGUUUUCAAACUGCUAAAAUCCUUUCCAGUCCUAGUGGCAGACAGCGCAGAGCACUGACUGAAAUAGCUGCCGAUGCUUCACCGCAAGCAGGGACUGGUCAUUUUGACCUUGAUAUCGGCAUUUUGACAGCCGAUGAUAAGGAGUUCAGCUCUGUGGUUUCUAUGUCCCCGAUUCCUCCACGAAAGAGACGGCGUGGAAACGGUCAGAGUGUAUAUGCCUCUGACCCUGUAGUUCCAUUCACACCUCGGACAGCUUCCCAAUGUGUUCAAGCUUCCAAGGGAGAACGAACUGUGGAAAAGAGUCCUUCGCCUGCACGACCAGUGGAAACAUCCGAAUCCAGCCUUCGGAAACGAUACGGGCCUCCCAAACGGAUGGGAACUUUAUGGGAGGUUGAGGAUACUCCUCAAUAUCACGUGUCUCGUAAGGAAAGGUUGAAGAGGGUAUCUCAACCACGCUUACAGGCGCAGCCGGAACCUCCUGCUCAGAAACCAGUGGUAAAUACAGCCAUAAAGAUUGUUGAAGUCCACGAUACUGGUAAUCCGACCCUUCCGAGUGCAGAAGAUGGGAGCGAAAGCCGUCCGGAUCCCUCAGAAUUCGCCAACGAUGAAGAGUCUGUCCAGGCAAAAUCUGCGCCUUCGAACAAUGCUCCAAUCGCAACAAAUCAAGUCAUUGCUCCUUGGAGCGGGCCAAAGCGGGCAUAUUAUCCUGCGACUUGUGUUGGCAAAUCGCCCAGUGUCGCGCAAUCAAAAAUUUUAGUCAAGUUUGAAGAUAGUGUUCCCAUUGAAGUACCGUUGGGCGCCGUCAAAAGACUGGAAUUGCGCAUCGGAGAUGCCGUGAAGGUUGACAUGCCUAACGUCCCGAAGGUAACACAUAUCAUACGGGGCUUUCAAGACAAAUUGAGUCCUGAAGAUCUCGCGAAGGCGGCCGCUGAUGGAAUUUUUCCAAUUACUGAUGUAUACGGCCAUACUGUUCUAUUACUAGGUCCAAAACAGCGCAAAAGCCUCCCAACUAGUGGACUUACGGGCCCUGAUAAUGUUAUCAAGGUCCCCAUCUCGCGCAUCUACCUGGACACAAUUCUGUGGAACCAGCUCAAGGAUCGAGCUUUUGCUUACGACUCGGGGGCGGCACCUCUGGAGAACAGACUUCAGACGCCUUCUGAACGACAUUCGACUCCCGUAUCCCCAGGCUCACGACUAUCGCGCAGCAUUCGCUUACUGAAUGGCUUAUUUGCGGGGAUGGUGUUUGCAGUGUCUUACGGAGAUAAUGAUGAAGUGAAAUCUCGUAUCACCAAGAUGAUCUUGGAAAACGAUGGGAGCAUUCUGAAAGACGGCUUCAAUGAAUUAUUCGAGAUGUCCUCUUACGCACCACUCGCUACUCCUACAAAACCCUCAACACAAGAUGCAAACAGCUGCAGUACGCACUUUCGUCUGGCGGGUGGUGCUGAAGAGGUUGGAUUUGCUUGUCUCAUCGCUGAUAAGCACUCGCGCCGCCCGAAGUAUAUGCAAGCUCUAGCUUUGAAUAUCCCCUGUCUAUCGGAUCGGUGGAUUGAGGACUGUCUUGCUCAAAAUCGAAUCCUGGAUUGGGAACUGUAUUUGCUCCCUUCCGGUGAAUCCCUUUACCUGAACGGUGCAACAAAGUCAAGAUUCCUCGCUCCCUAUCCGGCUACAGCAGCACAACUGCCAAUCACCAUCGCUGCGCGUCCCAAUUUACUCCAGGGCCAAUCGGUGUUGCUAGUCAUGGGUCGGGGUGGACGAGCAGAUGAAGAAAGGAGAAAGGCAUACAUAUUCCUUACAUACGCCUUGGGUGCUUCCAAGGUGGAGCGCGUACCCGAUCUCAAAUCAGUCAGAGCUAUUCUGGAUCAACAAGCCCAAGCCAGGGCUGGAUGUACCUGGGAUUGGAUAUAUGUUGAUGGGGACGACAUGGCUACCGCGAAAGCCAUGAUUCUCGGACUCUCAACGCUUGGAUCACUCAAAUCCCAGUCAUUCCGGGGCCCGAAGAAGCGAAAGAGAACCGAGUUGAUCGAAUUCAUCAGCGGCGGUGAUCUUGGCUUGAGUAACAAUGUCAGAAUCGUGGGCAAUGAAUUUGUCUGCCAGAGUUUGAUUCUCGGAAAGUUGUUCGAGCAGUGA